CUAUUAUAUACUUUAAUUCACAAAAGAAAUAUUAUUAAUUUUUCACAACAGUCUAAUGUCUAUAAACAAUCAUAUACAUAAUAACAAAACAGUGUUUUGCUUACGUAUUCUUACAUUACAUAAUAAUUAAUAAUUAAUAAUAAUAUACAAUAUUGGGUUUUAAUUUACUUUGUAUUUUUUGAACCCGAUUAUAAUUUUUAGAAAAAUCGGUAAAUUAAUAGAACAGAAAAAAAAAUGAUGGAUUCUCAAGAUGCUAAUCGCCCAGAACUACUAGAAGAAGUAAGAUUGUUUCGCAAUGCUCGUGAACGGGAAAAGUAUGAUAAUAUGGCUGACUUCUAUGCACUAGUCAACACAUUGCAGCAUUUGGAAAAAGCAUAUAUACGAGAUUGUGUGACGCCCAAAGAAUAUACUGCUGCCUGCUCAAAAUUGCUUGUCCAGUGCAAAGCUUCUUUCAAACAAAUACAGGGUGAUGAUUUUCCAACGAUUGAGACUUUUGUUAAAAAAUACAAAUUAGAUUGUCCAGCAGCAAUAGAGCGUAUUAAAGAAGAUCGACCGAUUACUAUCAAAGACGAUAAAGGCAAUACUAGUAAAUGCAUUGCUGAUAUUGUUUCUUUAUUUAUAACCAUAAUGGAUAAACUAAGGUUGGAUAUUAAAGCAAUGGAUGAAUUGCAACCGGAUCUUCGAGAUUUAAUGGAUACCAUGAACAGACUUAGUAUGUUACCAGCUGACUUUGAAGGAAAACAAAAAGUAUCUGAUUGGUUAAGUUCUCUGUCAUCUAUGAACGCUUCAGAUGAGUUAAAUGAAACCCAAGUGAGACAAUUGAUUUUUGAUCUUGAAUCAUCAUACAAUGCAUUCAACAAGUUGCUCCAUCAGUCGUCUUAAUUAAAUUUAUAAGCAAUAUUAUAAGUUAUAGCCAAAUAUAAGAAUAACACCAGAGUA